UAUUAGCAAUAAAAAAGCUGUAACUCCAGGUAAAAACCUCAUUUCGAAAUUAACAUCAAUUAAAGCAGGAAUCUCCCCUAAAACCUCAAUAAAUCUGUUUAAAGCAUUCGUCCGGUCCAAAGCGGAAUAUGCCAGCACCAGUUACGCCAAUGCACCAAAAGGUUACAACAAGCAACUUCAAACGAGCGUUAAUGAAACUCUACGGAGAUGUCUAGGAGUACCACCUAACACCCCAACACUUAUGCGAUACGCGCUAGCCUGCGAACUCCCACCUCUAUCUAGAGCAGUGUGGCUGACAGCUAAAGAACUGGUCAAACAAUGGUUCCUCAACCCGGCACUAAGAACACAAUUACAAGACAAACCGGCCAUAAAUUCAAGCUAUAGUAGAACAUAUGAAAAAUUCAAAGUAACCAUAAACAACAUAGACACAAAUGUUGCCUUUAACAGACAUAACAAUAUUACCCUUUUUCAAUCUGAAUUAUCGAACUCAAAAAAAAAUUUCUCCUCCACACAACUUAGAGCAAUUUAUAACCAAAAAAUCAACACUUUGAAGGAUGAUGGCUACAACAUAUAUGCGACUGAUGCAUCGGUGAUGGCAAAUAAAGUUGGAUGUGCAGUGUACGUGGAAACAACCAAUGUCUCAUACCUUUUUAACAUAGACGGAAAUUUUACCUCAACCUACGGUGAGCUAGUUGCACUAUCUCAGGCAGCUACAAUAGCAAGCAACAGCGGGAACAAAAAGAUAGCAAUUUUCACAGACAGCCAGGCAGCAAUCAAAGCCCUCGACAAUCACACCACACAGAACUUCCUUGUGGCAGAAAUUCACAACAAACUACACAGAUCCAACAUUGAAAACAUAAUGAUAGUACGGACACCCAGUCAUGUUGGGAUAACAAUAAACGAAAAAGCCGACAUUGCUGCAAAAACUGCAAUUGAUUUCGCAUUACAGGUCAGAUACCUGUAAUACGUGCAACACUAAGGAAACGGCGGAACACCUUAUAUUCGACUGCAGUACUUACAGCACUCUAAGAAAUGAGUAUACGCUUUUCCAAACGUACCACAACUUCAAACAAA